AUGCAAAUUCUACAUUUAAAUGGGUUUACUCAUGCUGAGGUCGAAGAGCGCAAAUGCAUUAUUUAUUCGAACACAGUCAGGAGCAUGUUGGAGCUGCUAGAGGCAAAAUCUGAUUUAUGUCUUGAAUUUGAAGAUAAAAACAUGAUGAAUUACGCCAUCAGUAUCAGAAAACACAUUGAGAAUGGACUCGAAUUUGCUCCCUUCAAUUCGCAAAUAAAAGAGGCAAUUCAAAAAUUAUGGCAAGAUCCAAAUAUAAGAAUAGCUUACGAGAAACGUGCAGAUUACCACAUUCAUGACAGUUCUUCAUACUACUUUGAAAACAUUGAAAGGAUAGCAGAGAAGGACUACAGGCCAACAAAUCAGGACAUUCUCCAUACAAGAGUACCGACAACUGGAGUUGUUAAAUUGCUUUUUACACUUAAUGGGAUUGAUUUUAAGCAAAACGGUCGCCUAUGCUAUAUAUUCGAUGUUGGAGGCCAACGCUCAGAAAGGCGAAAAUGGAUUCACAUAUUUGAUGAUGUUAAUGCUAUCAUUUUUGUUGUGGCAAUCAGUGAAUAUGACCAGAAAAUACGGGAAGACAAUGCUACGAAUCGACUUUUGGAGGCUCUAGAAUUAUUCGAAAGCAUUACAAAUAGCAUGUUCUUUUCUAAAAGCUCAAUGAUUUUGUUCCUCAAUAAAAUUGAUAUCUUCUCUGAGAAAAUCAAAAAAAUUUCUUUGAAUAUCAUCUUCUCUUCUUAUAAAGGUGGACUAAACUAUCAAGACGGAGUUGCCUAUUUACGGAAAAAGUUUCUCAGACUUUACAGGAACAAACAAAAAUUAUAUAUUCACGAGACAUGUGCAACAGACACCACACAACUUGAAUCUGUUUUUAAUUCUGUAUUGGAUACUAUUGUGCAAGAAAAUUUACAAGAUACGGGAAUGCUUUAAUAUUUUACUUGGAGAUUU